UGUACUUAGAUUAAACGCGCGAGUAGUGUUUGUUAAAAUGUCUUCGUCAUCAUGGAACAUUUUUGAUUAUAUUAUUUACAAUAAUUUUUACUUCAAGGAUUUAUUUAUCGAUGCGCCAUAAAUCUCUGAUAGAAAAGUGCAAAGUCUAUUUAAAUUUUUUCAACAGUUGAAAACAAUUCAUAAAAUACUUUUGAUGUUAUUGCUUUUCAAGAUCGAAAGGUUCAAAGUUACGAGUUUCUUGCCGUGAAGUGAGUUUGAUUUACAACUAAAUAAAACAUAUUUUGUUCGGUGAAUUAUUGUACCCAAAUAUUUUUUUUUAACAAACGUCAGAAAACAUUGUUAUACAAUCUACCAUUUCCCCAUCUCAAGUAGCUGCAGGCUUAUUCUUAGCGGUAUCACCCAAGCGAUCAGCGUCAACGCACUUCAAGAAAGUAACUCGAAUUUUUAUCUCAAUAGGUAGUGUUUUCCAAUUAUUUACCGUUUUGAUAGUGGAGAUAGAGAGCAUAUAUAUUGAAGGAGUUUCUGCAACUGCACCAGGAUUGGAUGAUUUUUUAUGCUAUUGCUUCCAUUGCUGCUGUUUAAUGCUACAAUUUGAACAGCCUAGCCCAUUGUACCUUUAAAACCAAGAAACAGAUCUAGUCAUGGAUGCUGCUGGCUCUAGUGAAGUUACGACAUCGCAAUCAGUUGUUUUUCCGGAAACUUCCAAUACUCCUAGUUUACCUACAAAUUCGAUAUCACCAAGUAAAUCGUAUAAGUCAGUGGACUAUCACUGGUUUUAUGCGAUUGGUACAGAUGAUAAAACCUCUUGGAUGCCAUUUUCAACCACGGAUUCUCUUGCUUUAGAAGAUAAAUUCACUUCCAACGCUACACAUCAAGUGAUAUCAACAGACGGUGGUCGUUAUGACGUCGAUAUUCGCCAACGUCAAAAAAUACCAAUCUACUGGGAAGGAACAGUAUCUGAAGUUCGGCGAUGUUCUUGGUUUUUUAAAAAUACCGGCGAUAGACGGUACGUGCCUUAUGACGAAAUCAGUGCAACAAAACUGGAAGAAGAAUAUAAAAUUGCUUGCGAAACAAAUCGGUGGCAUAAAAAAGUGAUUUUAGCAAAUGGAGAUAUUUUACAAUUUCAUGCUUCUGAUGUCUUAGUACUGUUUUCGCCUGCAAGUUCACCCAAUCCGGUUAGACCAAGAGUUGUAAAACGAGGCAUAGAUGGAUUUGAUAUCCAACAAGGAGAACCUCACCAAGUGGAUCAUCUUUUAUUUAUGGUACAUGGAAUAGGAUCAGUGUGCGAUUUGAAAUGUAGGACUGUGGAAGAAGUUGUUGACGAAUUUCGUAACAUAGCUUUUCAACUCACCCAAUCCCAUUACAAAUCUGCUUGCGAACAAGGUGUUAUCAACAGAUUGGAGGUUUUGCCAAUAAGUUGGCAUGGGAAAUUGCAUUCUAAAGAGACUGGUGUAGAUGAGCAAUUGAAAAAAAUUACUUUAGAAAGCAUUCCAAAACUGCGUGAGUUUACCAAUGAUACAAUUUUGGACGUUUUGUUCUACACUAGUCCCUUAUAUUGUCAAACCAUCAUUUCUACAGUAGGCCUUGAAAUGAAUCGGGUUUACAAUUUAUUCAAACAAAGAAAUCCUACGUUUCAUGGAGGAGUUUCUCUAGGAGGUCAUAGUUUAGGAUCUUUAAUUCUUUUUGAUUUGUUGGCGAAUCAACAUCCUGAAGACACAGAACUUCCCAAUAAAGAUACUACUGCUCCAGAUGAAAAAAAACCUUCCAGAAGAAUCAGUUAUUUGAUGGAAUCUGUUGUUGCAGGACAGCACAAGAUUUCCUAUCCACAUUUAAUUUUUAAACCAGAUACUUUUUUCGCCGUUGGUAGUCCAAUUGGUAUGUUUGUUACCGUCAGAGGCCUGAACAAGCUUGGAGAAAAUUUUUCGCUGCCAACUUGCCCUGCCUUUUUCAAUAUUUUCCAUCCAUUCGACCCUGUGGCUUAUCGAAUUGAGGCUCUUGUCAAUCCAGAAUUGGCGAACCUAAAACCAGUGCUUAUUCCACAUCAUAAAGGCAGAAAAAGAAUGCAUUUAGAACUCAAAGAAACAAUGGCCAAAGUAGGCGCCGACUUAAAACAAAAAGUCUUUGGCUCAAUGAAGACUACAUGGGAUUCAUUUUAUCAGCUUGCAAUGUUUCAUAGGACCGGAGCUGAGGUGACAGAAGAAUUUGAAAAUGAAUGUGAAACUACCCUAGUAGAAGGAGACGAACAAAUAUUGGAACCCGAGCCAGUGCAAGAACAAACUGAUAUUCCAUUAGGACGGCUAAACAAGGGAAGGCGAAUUGAUUAUGUAUUGCAAGAAGGUCCGCUGGAGUUUUUUAAUGAAUACAUUUUUGCUUUGACGAGUCAUGUAUGUUACUGGGAAUCUGAAGAUACUGUUUUAUUGAUUCUUAAAGAGAUUUAUACAUCAAUGAAUAUUCAAACAGAUGAUAAGAUUCCUCAACAGAGUAUGACGAUAGAGAGACCUUUGAGCACAUAGGGAAUAUUAGGCUUUCUUUCUCGAAUUAGUGGAUUUUUGAGAAUAUGCUGGAUGAAAAUGCCUGGGAUUCUAAGAAUGUAUUAUAUUUGUACAAUAGUUAUUGAGUAAAUAGUUUUAUUGGUUGA